UACACAAUGUGUGGGCUGUCACUCUAAUCAAGCUAAUUUCGAUAAUGACAUACAUGCGUAUAUAAUGUGACAAACAAUGACAACUAUAUUACGUAUAACCUGCCCUGCCUUUACAUUGUAUUGUCGCCUGCGGCAGAAUCGACACAUACUCUGGGCGAAGUCCGCACGUACGCAUCAUCUCCACUCGUCUGUACAGCAAGUUAGAGGUAGUCAGAACCUACUCAAGUUACAAUGGCAUUGUACAUCUGCUAAUCAGUGUUUAAUUCGUGAUGAUUAAAACGUGUGGACUUAACAUCUAUUCCGCAUGGAUGCCGUACCUACUAAAACAAAGGGGAUGAGAUUCAGGAAUAAACGAGCCUUAUCGGCAAUAUUGGUAUGCUGUGGGGUUGGACUUUUAUGGUGUAUGUAUCAAUACGCAACCAUUGAAGAGAUAUCCAAAUUCGAGACAACUGUAGGAGGUUUACGAAUAUUCGAUAUAACGGGACAACAUCCCUUCCAACAUGCCAAUAAAGUGCCGGAUGUUUUACGAAUUCCUCAUUCAAAUAAAGAGUCCAGUUUUCACAUUCCCAGAAACGCUUUACAACGAUAUCAAACAUACACCAAGCUGUCUGUGUCUGACGGAGACCGUCACUUCUCUAUAAAUAACUCAAAAAUCGAAAUCCAAUUGCGCCAGUUCCGUGUCGGAGACACCCUUAAGGUGCAAAUAAUGUUAUAUGACAGAAGUGGGGCUCCUAUGACGACAGGGGGAGACUACGUCAGGAUUUGGUUAAGGGAGAAGUCCACCAAAUCUAACGUCAAUGGCUACACCAUUGACCAUGGUAACGGAACAUAUACUGGAGUGCUGACCUUGCCUUGGGCAGGGUCACCGGAAAUUAUAGUUUCUCUGGGUAACACAAAGGAACACGUGACAUUGUUUGUGAACACUACAGAAACACACGGAUUACUCUAUGCAAUGAGUUCGCAGUUCAUCAGCUCAGAUGGCAAGCAUAAAGUAGCUUCAAAGUGUAGUCCAUUAUUUGACGGACUAGCAAACUGUUAUGACAACUCUGGGUGCAAUUUGACGGAAAUAAAUUAUGGUAUUCCGUGGUUCUGUUGUAGGCCGAAGUCGAAAUAUGUGGAUUGUAACGACAUGAAAAAAAUCAAGUGCACGGAUGAAUCAAACUACUUGACUAAUGAUAUGUUAUUUGUGUCGGAUGUACGUCAUAUCCGGUUUCCGCCAAUAAAGAUCAGAGUCAACGAAGGUUCGGUGUCUAGCCUUCAAUCCCCACCCAUCACGUGCUAUGAUCGCGCGCGAGUGGACACGUGGGAAGAUUCGACACCGGCUGGGUACUACCUCCAUAACCAGUGGAUCAGUCUACAUUGUACACCAAAGUUCCGCUCCGGAAGUUAUUCGUCAUGUUUUAAGAAUAAACGAUUUGUUGUGUUAGGAGAUUCUAAUAGUAGGGGGACAUUCAUACAACUUGCCACCUUGUCAAGUUCAGAGUACAAAACAACAAAAUAUACAAAGGGAGAUCACUGGCACGAACUCCUCGAGGCUGAGAACACAGAUUUAAACUUAGAAUUGAUGUGGGCGCCGCAUAACGCGCCCUUGUUUGUUAAGGAUUUCCAAGGUCUUGAUACCAUGCGGUCAGUAGGUAGCUGGCUGGACGAAAUAAGCAAUGACCGUCCGAUAGUGGUGGUCAUUCACUUUUACUACCAUCUAGCCAAAGCGACACUGGAGGUAUACAAAGCUAUGGUUAGAGACGCCCGCGAAGCUUUAUUAAGGCUCUGGAAGAGGGCCCCAGAUACAGUUGUGUUUAUCCAGGGACCACAUUCAAUUACCUACAAAAGCGUCAUAGAACCGCUGGAUUAUAUCCGCAGAUGUUACAGCCAAAUUUGGUAUGACGAAUUAAAGGGACUUCACGACAAACUCGUUUAUCUCGACUGGUGGGAUAUGACUGCGGGGUCGGAAAAUAUCGACGUCCAUCCUUCAGAAGAAGUCCAGAUGGAUUUGACCCAAGUUCUUAUGUCGUAUUUAUGUCCAAGUCAUUGAAACCCUUGCUAAAAUAGUAGUCAUAUAACUAGAUAGCGAUAGUUUAGCUUAAGUUAUCCUUGUAAUUGAAACGCUUCAAUAAAUUAGUCAUAAAACUAGAUGAGGACUGUAUAUAUUUUAGUUUAAGUUAUUCUAGUAAUUGAAACGCUUCGCUACAAUAGUAGUCAUAUAAAACUAGAUGAUGAUAGUUUAGUUUAAGUUAUCCUGGUCAUUGAAACGCUUGUUUGUAGUGAUCUUAGUUUAUUUUCAGUAAUUGUUGUUGCAUGAUGCAUCUUAGUCAUUAAGACGUUUAUUUGAGGUCGUCCUAGUCAUUGACAUGUUUGAUUCAAACAUUUUUACUGUCUCGAUAUUGUUACUGGUUGUCUUCGUCUUAAAUCCUAUCAAUAAACCAACGAUUUCGAAACUGAGAAAACUCCAUCGAAGAAACUUGUUGCUAUCAUGCUUUUAAAGCUAUUCCUAAUAUACCGAUAUAAAAUAACUAUAAUUCAACAAAGUAAAAAAAAAAAAAAAAAAAAAAAAAAACCAAUACGCAAAUGUGAAGAAAAAUGCAUAAUGCUGAUGUAAAAUUUCCGAGUUUUAAAUGUUGUGAAAAUAUAUGGAUACACUUGCUGGUUCUCAUGAAAUAUAUGAAUAACAUGGCAUCCUUUAUGUUUAAAUUGAAUUAAUUUAAUUAUCUUAUGGACAGUAUUGGUUUAAAAGAGUUUGUUGCGGGACUGUUUUUGUUAUUAAAUUUAGUUUUUAA